GAGAGUACAGGAAUCCACAUUGACUUUGGGCCCGAUUUACUAAAAUCUCAAAUAGUUGCGCUAAAUUACGUGUUUGCUCGAACAGAUCAUGGAUGUGUAGCGUGUGAUUUACUAAGAAUGCAGUGUUUUACUAAGAUCCUAAAUAGAAAGUGUUAAAUUGUGUGUUCACUCACUAGAUUGUGCGUGCGGUUUGCAACAGGUGUAUAAGUGUUGGAGAUUGUAGCAUUUAAAAUAUGGCUUUGUGCUUAAGGUAGCUAUAAUGGUUUUCACCAUGGAAAAUUUGGGAAAGCACCACAAGUGAUGGAAUCAAAGGUGUUCAAAACUUGAUCACUCCGAUUUGGCGCAGCUAGCAAUCACAUAAAUGCCACGCUUUGUUUGAUUUAUCCCACUUGGAUUGCAAUUGGAAGUGCAGCCAUGUGUCCAUUGUGCAGAACACUGCAUUUAAAACUUGGGACAGCACAACUUGAAAACUGCCAUGGGAGAGGCCAGCACGAAUUGUCACUAUUCUUUGAAAUGACCCAUGCAGGUGCACAGAUAUACUGAGUGGAAAGGAGUUUUUUCAUAGAUAGUGAUACGGCAUGACUCCUUCUUGCAACUGGUUCCAAGUCAGUUUUUGGAUCAUUCAGAAGUUCCAAAUUUGCAUUCCUGAAUAACUUUCGCGGUGGUUUGCACCUGCCUCUCAUUUACAUUGUAAAAUAAAAGUUAAAUGCCGUAUGUUUGACAGACAUAAUUCUGGUUGCGGCCAAUUAGUAGAUCAGCUUUCACAUCUGUUAGCACCCGUUUUUGCACACGCUAGCCGUUAGUAAACCGGGCCCAAGUCAGAAGAAACGUAAGACACUUCAUAAGGUACACCUCCAACAUUGAAUCGGAUCGAAUCCAAGAGCUGGCAUAAUUUAUUUUAUUUUUUUUAUAAAUGUAACUUGUAUGUACAAUUGUAGAUUAAAUAGCUACAAAGCACAUCAUGAGGCAGAAUGUGUUACAGCUCUUGUAUUGGAUCCCACUAUAUUGUACCGGUGUUCCUAAUCAAGUGUCCAGUUUCUUCCUGCUUGCUAAGCUGUCCCUAUUUCCAAGCAUGUCAUUUUCCUGAUCGUUUGUGCAUGAUUCUUUGCAUUUCUGCUUCAUUUCCCCCCCACUAAUGUUUCUUUCUUUCUUUCUUUCUUUCUCUCUGUCGCUGCCCUGCAUCUUCUGUGUCCCUCCCUCUUCCCUGGUCUUUCCCUCCACUCUCGGCCUCAGCCAUGAGAAGUCGGGCUCCUCGUCGGACGAUUCCGAGCCUGACGUUGCUCCUGCACUUCCCUCGGGCCCCUCCUCCUCUCACCCCUCCACGACUCAUAGCGCCCUCGUUGGGGGGAAAAGUCCUCCUAUGCACACUCACACCCCCUCACACCCACCCAAGACCACCCUAUUAGAGACCCCACCUCUGGCGUUCACCCCAGUGGACCCCACCUCCGGUCCCAGACUGGUCAAAUGUCAGCAGUGGCCCCUGUUAGGGCGCCAAGACCCCCGGGAGCCACCAGAUCCUAUCGAUUAUGAGAGCAUCAUCCCCGAUUUGGAGAACGAUGACAUGUUCGCAAGGCGGACCCUCACCUUCCAGGCCAACAGCGAGCUUGCCACAGUGAAGACCCCGCUGUCAGCAAAGCGAUGCCUUUGGACGUCGAAGGAACAGAUCAAUAUUGUGACGCAGCUUCAUAAGGAGGAGGAGGAGGAGGAAUUUCCCGACAUCGAGCAGGACGACGUUGUCCAACGUAGGGAGAAAAUCGAGCAACAACAGCGCCCCCUGUCAGGCGCCCCUGACAACUUCUCCCCAAUGGCCAUUCCUGAGCCAUGGGACCUCCCUCCUGAACUCAAGACCAGGCUCCUGUGCCCGCCAUCCCCUCUCACCCAGGAGUCAUCAUCAAACAAAUCCAGUCAUGUCCAAAAAGAGCCAUGUCCCGAAACGGACGAUAUGCUGGUCCGAAAGCUGGCUGCGCAGCAUAACCAAGUGUCAGCCAAUCAAGCGAGUCCCUCUGUGCCAACUUCCUGCAAUGAAGGGGACCUGCAGAGGUGGCAGGCCAUCAGGGAAGCUAGUCAGCGGAGAUACAAGAAGAAGCUCAUGGUGGAGAUGCUAGCCACUCUCAAGUUGUAGGAAUGAAUUGCUGUUACAUAUUUCGCUUGAAAUACUUAAUGUCUCAACUUGGUAAGGAUUUGUUUUCAAAGGUUUGGUUUAGGUCUGCUGCAUUUGCUUCCAGACCACUGGGAAAUUCCUUGUCUUUACAGUUUGUUGUUUCUUUAGUUACAGUUUUGGGUUGUUUUUUUUUUCAAAUCAGAUGUUUUCGUACAGUUUCCUAUCGACUGGUUAAUGGUCAUAUUAACAAUGUUACACUGUAUGUACAAAGGAGCAAAGGAACAUGUUUGGGUGUUUUUUUUUAAGUGUGUUUUGUGAAUACACCGUUCUUCCUCAAAUAGUGGCCUCCGUAUUGUUACCGCUGCGUGUUGUCUUUAACCACAGCUCAUGGCAGAGCGGAUUUGGCAUUUGUUUAGCUGGUGUUUAUGGUGGAGUUAAAAAGGAAGUUGGAUGUAAACACAAUCGAGUAGUUUCCUUUAAAGUGAUAAGACACACGGUUUUUGCACGAGAUGUCUUUUCAAAAACUGACGCUGCCAGCACUGCAGACAUGUCAUCUGUAAAGCCAACGUUUACCAUCGAGUUGGAAGGAGAAUGUUUGAAACACAACCAAGAUGAAGAAAAAAAAAAUACUUCAUAGACAGACCAUAAUGUGAUAAUACAUCAAUGAUGCCCACUUCUAUUUUUAAUUUUGUUCCACAAAUAACAUUAUUUAUUGAAGGUGAUAUUUAUUGUAAUAAAUUAAGUCUGACUACAAUAGAUGCCUGCUACUCACUGCAGUUGAGUACAUAUAUACCUCUGGCCUUUAUACGCACAAAUAACAUCCUCUCACUAAUAGAUGCGUUACCCCGAAUAGACUACGACUGUUUGCAGUUGAGCAAAUAAUACCUCUGGCCCUUAUAUGUGAAAUACAAUACUAAUGUUAAACUUGGUUUGUACAACUAAAAGCCUCCACCAAAUAAAUACCUUUUGCCGAAUACAGUUGAUGCCUGUAACUCUCUGCAGUUUAGCAAAUGCACCUGGCCACUGCGUGAGGAAAUAUAAUAGUCGAAUGCACUUUUGGAGGUUUUUCUCAUCAGAUUUCUUGUGGAAUAAAAAAGAAAAUACUGCACCUUUCCAGUA